CUUUCUCGACGCAAAGCCUCGACUAUUUGAAUGUGUGAGGUAAAAACUGGCCAGUCCCGAAGAAUCAUCUCUACCAUGAUGGACGUGGGAACUUUACUUUGCCGCUCGUUGCUGCUGGCUUUACUUGUAUUCUCGGUGACCCAAGAGGCGCGAGGAUUGUUGUGUUAUUGUGAGCGAUGCGUAAAUCGGACAUGCAACAGCAACGGCCUGUGUUAUGCGAUUUUCACAAAGUCUGCCCGACAGAUCGUAAUAGGGAUGCGUCAGUGCAUUCAUCAAGAUCAACUUUACCCACCGGACAGGCCUUUCCAGUGUGCCCCCUCCAACAGCCACAUGCAACCGUACUGCUGCGGCACUCACAUGUGCAACAAGAACCCAAAAGUCAGCCCAGGUGAGUCAGUGCCAGUGUCAGUGAUGGAGGGAGAUUCUGUCACUUUAUACACUAAUCUUACUGAAAUACGUAAAGAUGAAGAAAUACUGUGGGAACAUGGAGCUGAAAACUCUCUGAUAGCUCAAAUCAGUAGAGCUGCUGGAAUCUUCUCCACAUCUGAUGGUCCUGAUGGGAGAUUCAGAGACAGACUGAAGCUGGACAAUCAAACUGGAUCUCUGACCAUCACAAACACCAGAACUGAACAUGCUGGAGAUUAUAAACUAGGGAUAAAUGGAGUGGAUCUGACCAAAAAAGAUUUAGUGUUUCUGUCUAUGAAGUCCAUUGGUGUGGUCCAACUGAAGCUGUGAUCCGAUUGGUCCUCUCUGGUCUGGUGGGCGUGGCUACUGUCAUUCUUCUGGUUUAUGAAAUCAGAUCCAGAAGAUUAAUAUCAUAAAUAUUAUGACACAUCUUGGAUUUUUAAUCUGAAAAGAUGCAAAUGGAAUUUUAUAAAAGUUUAGAAUAUAUAUAUUAUAUGAAAAAAAUAAAUCACACUGUUUAAGGAAAGAAACACAGUUGCAAUCAUAAUUAUUUGACGCCCACUGCUAAUCAGAUUUAUUAGCAAAGUUUACAGACUUUCAGCUGUUUGCAAUGAACAAAUCAAACAAAAGCUGAACACAGCGAAUGUUUCAAGUGGUUUCCUCUAAUUCAACUGAAAAUGCAAUGUUUCAUGGCUUAAAAACACAUCAGCAUGAUAAGAACUACCUAAAAUGACAAACUGUAUUUGGGAAAAAAAUAUUUUAUGUGUAAUUGCAUUUUUUAGUUUGGCUCGCAUCCUAAUCGAUUACUUGGAGAUGGUCAGUUUUAUGAUCUAUACUGCAGAAGGACACUGGGAUGUGCAGCACACUUGGGGAUGGACAUGGUGCUUUUGUCCGCAUGUUUUAUGUGACAUUCCAGUAUCAUUUGUUUCAUAUUGCACUUUUUUAAAAUCAUAUUAUUCUCAUUAUAGACUCUUGUUCAUGAUUUAGCUAUAUAUUUAAUAUAAGUUGUAUUUAGAUGACUGAUCUGAGUAGUGGCAGAGUAAAUAUUAUAGUGCAAUCUGUGAGGGUUUGAUGACCUCUAGUGGUGAGUUUUAGGAAUUGCAGAUACAUUUUAUACUUUUUGAGCCGUUUGACCAUGUGAUAGACUGCACAAAUAUAAACAGAAGAUCUAAAACUAAUUCAAAAUAUCAAUAACUACAAUACCUAAUAAAGAUACUUAAAUAACCUGUUAAUAAAAAUUUAAAUAAACUGUUUAUUUAAAAUGUGCACGUUACAUUUAUGAAAAUUGUUAUUAAAAGCAAAAGUAAAAUUAUAUACUUGCAAAAACAUGCAAAAAAAAAGUGCAAAAGUGACAUCCAGAUUCAUAUACUAUAGAAGUAUUUAUACAAUUCCAUAAGGAUUUCAAAUUCUAAUGAGUUCUAAUGAACCAAACA